GCACACACUGACAUCAUGGACACUCUGCAACCCCCUCUGCACACCCUCCCGCCCCGCUGUCUCCCGGCAUGUCCCCCCAGUUGGGUAUAUAAAGGGCUGAGCUGUGGUGAAUGGUACCGGACUCUUACGAAGCUACAGGUCUCAAGAAACAUGGGUUACUUGGCUCAAGCUCUCCUUGCUGCCCUGCUGGUGGCCUUUGUGUCUGCCUCACCAGCCAACCUGAAUGACCAGCACAGCGCCGCCGCACAGCCCGCCAACCCACAGGAGGCACAUCCAGUGUUCUCUGGCCAUCAGCCAUCUGACCAACAAGACGCUGAACACGAGGAAUCUGACGACCAAGACUCAGAACACCAAGACGCCCACGCAACUUCUGCCCAGGAUCACCCAGAAGAGCUUCUCUCAUCAGGUCACACAGAUGAAGAGCCAGUGACUGAGGUAAACGAUCAAGAGGAACCUGGACAACCUGGACCACACCGCUUCCUCAGUGGUCUACAUAACUAAGGCGGUGAUGCAGUCCUGGUGUGGUGGUGAGUUAGGCGCGAAGACAUGCAGAGAGAUAGACACCUACACUCAUACACACACAUAUAUGGUAAGCUAGUACCAUAACUGUUUCCUGUAUAUGGACACAUACAUACAAACAUACAUACAUACAUACGCACCAUAGUUAUUUCAUACACAAUACAUGUACACUGUGUUAUCUGCCGCGCCUACGCAUACACACAUACACACACACAUACACAUACAAACACUCACACACACACACACACAUACACGCCAUGCCAGUCGUGUGUAUAUGCGUGAGUGUGUGUGUUUGCGCGCGCGUGUGUGUGCGUGCGUGUGUGUGUGUGUUACAGAAGUUGCAAAUUUAAAAAGACUAAAAAAAUAAAUAAAAAAGGCCAUCUGGGAUAGUAUCACUGAAAAAAAGAUAUAUAUGUAACUAUUAAACUAUUUGUAAACCUGUUAGUCAUUAUCAAUUUCUGUAUUCAUUCUUUCUUUACUUGUUUUUUUUUUUUCCCAUUUAUGUACCCUCAUCUUUCAGCUUUUGAUGAUGAUGUUUGUUUGUUUGUUUGUUUGUUUGCUUGUUCUCCAUUAAAUUUUAGCAAGAUGGCAAA